AUGUUCAACACUAAGACGUCGCUGGCCUUGGCCUCGGCGACGAAGGAGCAGGAGAAGGCGGAAGAGGAUGCCCUGCUCUCAGAGCCUCAUCCUACCACCCUCUGGAAGCCCCUCGGCGAUCGCAACUACCGAAAGAGGGAGCUGUACGAUUUGAAUUGGGAAGUGGACCUCUCCAAGCACGUCGUCACCGGCGCGCCUUGCGGCGGAGCCCUCGCGGUGGCGAGGGACGAAAGGAAGAUCGUGCUGCUCGCCAACACCGAAUCGCUCAAGUCGCAGACCCACAUCUACACCUCCUCCGGCGUGCUCAUCAAAUCCUUCGCUUGGGACAGCCAAAAGGGUCGCGUGGUGCGUUUGGGCUGGACAGCCGAUGAGAAGCUCGUCUGCAUCUUCGAGUCGGGUGCAGUGAUGAUCUACAAUGUACAGGGCGAGAACGUCUCCGCCUGGAGCGUGGGGCCGGAAUGCGGUGAGAUCCAGGACGCGUUGUUCUGGGGCACGGGUUUCGUGGUUCUCUCGAAAGCGUUGCGCCUGUUCGCCGUCAUGAACCUCGCCGACCCCAAGAUCCGACCUCUCCCCGAUGCCCGCCUGGAGAGUGCGCCGGUGACGUGGUGCGUUAUCGGACCCGACGUGUCGCUGUCGAAGGGCGUCGAGGUGCUGCUGGCCACCGCCACCGGAACCGUACUCCUGGUCACCCACGAGCACGUCAAGGAUCUGCUGUUGCAAAACGGACCGUUCGUGCGCAUGACCGUCUCGCGCAACGGCAAACUGAUCGCCUGCUUCACCGAAGCCGGUACGCUGUGGGUCGUGUCGGCCGACUUCUCGAAGAGCCUGUCCGAGUUCGGCACCGGCUCCAAGGUGCCGCCCAGCCAGGUCGAGUGGUGCGGAGCCGACUCAGUGGUGAUGUAUUGGCCGACGGUGGGUCUGCUGAUGGUGGGACCCAACGGCCAUUGGAUCAAGUACUCGUAUGCGGAGCCGGGCCUUUCGCUGCUGCCCGACCCCGACGGCCUCCGUAUCUUCUCCGCCACUAAAUGCGAGUUUCUCCAGAAAGUGCCCGCGGCGGUGGAAGACGUGUUCAAGAUCGGAUCGGAAGCGCCGUCCGCGCUGCUCUACGACGCCCUCGCGCACUACAAACGCGGCUCGCCUCGCGCCUACGAAAACGUCAAGAUGAUCAAAGCGGAGCUGGUGGAGGCCGUCGACGGCUGCAUUGAAGCCGCCGGGCACGAAUUCUCUCCGGCGCUCCAGCGACGGCUUCUCGAAGCCGCCGAGUUCGGCAAGGGGUUCGCGGAGGGCUUCCGCGCGGAGCGGUUGGUGGAGAUGUGCAAGGCCCUCCACGUCAUCAACAACGUCCGACAGUCCGACAUCGGCAUGCCCCUCACAUUCCUCCAGUACGACAUGCUGGGUCCGGAGGCGCUGAUCGAGCGGCUCGUGAAUCGGCACCUGCAUCCGCUGGCCGACGCCAUCGCGGGCUUCCUCAAGCUCAAGCGCGAUAGUAUCCUCAUCCACUGGGCCAGCCGCAAGGUGCGCACGGAAGCGCCAGAGCGGGAGAUCCUGGAGCAGGUGGUGUCCAAGCUCGCCGGGGUGCCGGGCGUGCCCUACGCCGACAUCGCCUCCGCCGCCUACAAGGCCCGCCGUCCCGACCUCGCCACUCGCUUGCUCGAGUACGAGCCGCGCGCGUCGGCGCAGGUGCCGCUCCUGCUGCACAUGGGCGAGGACGAAAACGCCCUCUCCAAAGCCCUCGACUCUGGCGACACCGACCUGGUGUACCUGGUGCUGCUGCACAUCAGGCGCUCGCGCAGCGGAGCCGACUUCUUCAAGAUCAUCCGCUCGCGCAAGGGCGCCGUCGACCUGCUCGUCGCCUACUGCAAGCAGCAGGACCUGGACCUGCUGAAGGACAUCUACUACCAGGCCGGCAUGCCCAACCAGUCGGCCCACGUCGCCGUGAUCGAGGCCUACCAGCACGCCGAGUUGGAGAAGCGAGUGCGUGGGCUGCAGAUUGCCCUCAACCUGUACAAGGACACCGGUGACCUGUUCGCGUCCAAGGCGACGGAGACGGAGAUCCGGCUGCUGCUGGUGCAGAAGGAGCUGGAGUCGGAGACGGGCGAGCGCGACUUCGUGGGCGGGUCCCUCACCGACACCCUCUUCCGCCUCAUCGCCUCCCGCAACCUCAAGCGCGCCCAGAAGAUCAAGUCCGACUUCAAGGCACGUUGGUUGUUAAGAGUUAAGGUGCCGGACAAGCGCUUCUGGUGGGUGGCGGUGCGAGCGCUGUCGACGGCGCGGGACUGGGCCACCCUCGAGCAGUUCGCCAAGUCCAAGAAGUCGCCCAUCGGCUUCCGGCCAUUUGCGGAGGUGUGUAUCGAGCAGGGCGCGAUGGACGAGGCGGCCAAGUACAUCGCCAUGCUCUCCGACUCAGCCGAGCGAGUGCAGAUGUUCCUCCUGGUGAACGCAAUUCGCGAGGCGGCCCAAGUGGCAUUCGAGCAGAAGGACGUGCAGCUGCUGCAGAGCAUUCUCCCCAAGGCCACCACCCGACAAGAUCAGGCGCUGGUGAUGGAGAUGUUGGCCAAGCUGGGCGUCUCUGUUGAAAGGCUCUGA